AUGCAGCUUGGAAAAGCUCGGCAUCUCGCAGAACCGCAAGCUAUAAAGGGACUGGAUUGGCGCCGGGAAAGGAUCUCAACAAAUAAAUCCAUCCAGAAGCCUCACUCACAAACAAUUACGCCUUCUUCUCUCUGUACAAUGAAGCUCCUAGGUGUCUACAGCGUCAUCGCCAUCGGCCUCGCCGCCGCCGUGGCUGCCGUGCCCGCGGCAGAGGCCAACGCAAACCCGAAUGACGUCUUCAACGUCCUCGAGGCCCGCAAGGGCUGUAGCGGCAGUCGCAAGAACUCUGACAAGUGCGGCGGAAACCGCCUUGGUCCGCAGAACUCGUUCCAUAACUGCAAAGGCCGCAGUGGUAAAUGCUGCGCCAAGAACAAGAAUGGGAGCGGCGGCUUGGAUGUUAACAAGGGCCAGGGCAGAGAGGACUGCGGCUUCUGUUUCAGUGGCAAGUGCUCGGGUUAG